GUUGAACAAGAAUCACCGUGCCGCUCAGGUUGCAGAUUAUCCGGCUUAUGGCGUCACUGGGCCCAAUAAGGACGUCUCCCCUACCAGCGGAGACAGGAAACUCGCCCAAUCCGCUCACAUGUACCAUUAUCAACACCAAAAGCAGCAGAUGAUUGCCCUUGAAAAGUCAUCCGGUGGGGAGCGCCAUGGAUCGACUUCUGACGUGGACUCCGAUGAGGAAGGGGAGGAGAAUGAGUAUACAGUGUACGAGUGCCCCGGCCUUGCUCCGACUGGUGAGAUGGAGGUGAAGAACCCACUUUUCCCCGACGACCCAACACCGGCAACACCUUCGAUGACCACUAACGACGGAUGAUAUCACCCUAAAAAGAACAAGCUACCACUGUAUCCAAAUAUGGGGAACUUUGAAAUGAUAGUGUAGGCCAAAUCAUUCUUGAAUAACUAUGUACUUCAGCUUCGGAAUAAGCUUCUAUAUAUACUAUUUACUGUCAUUUAACAGAAACUGCUUAGCUAUGUGAAAUUCCCUUUUUUCCAGGUUAUGGAGUCGUACUCACGUCUUGGGUGUGCGAACCUUAGGUACUUAAGUAAAACGAGUAAUAUAUAUAUGUAAUGGAACUAAGAAUGGUGUUUAGGGAAAUGUACAUAAAGAUCAUGCAAGAUUUAUCUACUAAAAGGUGGGGUUUAAAGUCAAGGGAAAAGCAAGACAAAGCUAGUAUACUAAACAUUUAAGAGUUUCUUUCCAGCUCUUAAGUAAGAGUAGGUUAGGAUACAACAGCAACCAAGAGAAUUUAGAUAAACCUGGUGUGUUGAGAGGAAAGAGAGAGGAAAAAAAACACUACUGAUUAUUUCGGCUAAAGAAAAAGUAAGCUUUAGAGUGAUGUGGAACCUUGUAAGACAAAACGAGUACACGAACAAGCAUUCUUCAAGUAUAUCAUUAACCUUGUUAUAUAGUUUCCUUAUUUAUGAAGG